GCUGCCGAGGAGGGCGCGAUGGGCGCGGGGCGGCUCUGAGGGCUCCGCCAUGGACCCGAGGCGACUGAACGAGUCCCUGCAGGAGCUGCUCUGCCGCCCCGGGAACGGUACCGGCUCCGCCAACGGCACCGGGACCGGCCCCACCUGGAACGGCUCCGCCUGCGACCUCCUCCGCAGGGGCCUCCGGGGGCCGCAGGCUCCCAAAGAGCUGGACCUGACGGUGCGCGUCCUGCUGUACGCGCUGAUCUUCGUGCUGAGCGUCUGCGGGAACGCCCUGGUGGUGGCCGUGCUGCUCCUGAACCGCCGCCUGCGCACCGUCACCAACUCUUUCCUGCUGUCCCUGGCGCUCAGCGACCUGAUGCUGGCGCUCUGCUGCAUGCCCUUCACCCUCAUCCCCAACCUCAUGGGCACCUUCGUCUUCGGAGAGGCCGUCUGCAAGUUGAUGGCCUACCUGAUGGGCGUCUCCGUCUCGGUCUCCACCUUCAGCCUGGUGGCCAUCGCCAUCGAGCGGUACAGCGCCAUCUGCAACCCGCUGCAGUCCCGCGUGUGGCAGACACGCUCGCACGCCUGCCGGGUGAUCGCCAGCACCUGGCUCUUCUCAGCGCUGCUCAUGUUGCCCUACGCUGUGUACAGCACCACGCGGCUGCUGCCCGUCCCCGGCGCCCGCCCGCCCCUCAGCCAGUGCACUCACGCCUGGCCCAGCGAGCACGUGAGGCAGGCAUGGUAUGUCCUGCUGCUCCUCGUCCUCUUCUUCAUUCCGGGCGUGGUGAUGAUCGUGGCUUACGGGCUCAUCUCCCGCGAGCUGUACCGCGGGAUCCGCUUUGAGCUGGACAUCAAGGGGGAAGCAGCAGCCCAGCGCAGCACAGAACCGUUGCCCACCUGCGACGAGGGGGACGGCUGCUACCUGCAGCUCUCACGGCCGGGCGGUGCGCUGGAGCUGCGGGCGCUGGGCACGGCGGGGGCACAACAGGAGCGGGCGCGCAUCAACAGCUCAGAGGCAAAGCUGGUGGCCAAGCGGCGCGUCAUCCGCAUGCUGGUGGUCAUCGUGGCCAUGUUCUUCCUCUGCUGGCUGCCCAUCUUUGCGGCCAACACGUGGCGUGCCUUCGCACCGCGGGCAGCCCAGCGCGCGCUCUCGGGGACGCCCAUCUCCUUCAUCCACCUGCUGUCCUACACCUCCGCCUGCGCCAACCCGCUCAUCUACUGCUUCAUGAACCGCCGCUUCCGCAGCGCCUUCCUGGGCACCUGUGCCGGCUGCCGCCGUGCCUGCCCGCGCCGCGCGCCCGACGAGGACGUGGCCAACGCCAACGCAUCGCUCUCCAAGUUCAGCUACACCACUGUCAGCAGCCUCGGCCCCCCCUGAGCCCGCCCGCCCCCUCACCGCCCCCUGACGGCAGCUCCCUCGCGCCCU